AUGCCAGUUCCGACAGAAGUUGCUGCUAUUCGUAAUUAUCCGUUGCCCGAUUCACAAAGAAAAUUACGAAGAUUCUUGGGGCUAAUAAACUAUUAUAGACGAUUUAUCCCAAACUGCGCAGCAAUAGUACAGCCAUUGACGGACGCCUUGCGAGGACAUACUCGAACAUUCCGUCUUUCAGCGGAUGCUAUACAGGCUUUCGAGAACGCUAAGCGAGCGCUAAACGAGAAGAUGAUGUUGGUACGACGAAAGAACGAAGCGCCAUUAGCAGUAAUGACAGACGCAUCGAACUUAGCAGUAGGAGCCGUUUUGCAGCAGUUUGUAAACGGUGCAUGGGAGCCACUUUCAUUUUUCUCGAAAAGAUUAAAUCCUACCCAAACAAGGUAUAGUACGUUUGGACGAGAAUUAUUAGCAAUCUACUUAGCAAUAAAACACUUUCGUCAUAUGGUCGAAGGCAUAAGUUUUACCGUCUAUACAGACCACAAACCGCUAACGAAAGCAUUAAGCGCAAAGCAAGACAAUUAUUCCUCGAGAGAGAUCCGACAACUAGAGUUCAUUUCACAGUUCACGUCCGACAUACAGUACGUUAAAGGACAAGAAAACGAUGUGGCUGACGCAUUGUCACGAGCAACGAUAAGCACACUUAUGGCAAGUGGAAUUGAUUAUAACGGUCUAGCAAAGUUGCAGGAGAGAGACAUCGAGCUAAAUAAACUCAGAUCCGGUGGUUCAACAUCAUUAGUACUCUAA